AUGACUACUACCUUCUCUUCCCUGCCCGUUGUCGACGUCGGUCCUCUCGGGUCUCCUGCGGGAGCAUCCGAAGCAGAGCUGACAGCGCUGAGCAAGCGUCUCUAUGAUGUGUUUGCCACGACGGGUUUCGCAUACCUAGUCAACGUGCCGUUAAGUUACAACCACGAAGAGGUAUUCGCCAUGUCGAAAGAGUUCUUUUCAAUGCCCCAAGAGGAAAAAAUGAAACUGGCGAAGCGAUCAUUCCGACGCGACCACACCAACACAUAUCGGGGAUACUUCCCAACACAGCCGGAGUUGGCGUCCGAUAAUUUGAAGGAAGGGUUCGAGAUGGGACCCGCCAAACCCAUCCGCACGAAAUCCAUCGUUUCGCCGUCUUCGAAGUUCGAUCUCGCCGAGCCGAAUGUCUGGCCAGAUGGAGACAAGUUGCCUGCACGCCCGAGGUUGGAGACACUGUAUAUCGAGCUCCAGGCGCUUGCUUCGAAGUUGCUGUCACUGUUGGCUGUUUCACUGGGCAAGCCAACAGAUUACUUUGCGCCGUAUCUGGAGGACUCACUCAGUACCCUGCGUCUCCUUCAUUAUCCUUCUGUUGCGUCAGCUGCAUCGGGAUCCGGCUCGGCUACAUCGGAGGCCAAGCUGAGUUGCACUCCACACACCGACAGCGGCAUCUUAACCCUGCUGCACCAGGAUUCCACGGGUGGGCUGGAGGUGCGCAACUCCUCCGGCGAGUGGGUUCCGGCGCCGUAUAUCCCGGAAUCUCUAGUAGUGAACAUCGGAGAUCUGAUGGCCAAGGUGUCUGGCGGGCGUUUCGUGGCCACCAUGCACCGUGUCCGGGCUCCCGGUCUGAGACCCUCGGCCGCUGCCAUGGAUGGACAGCAAGAUGGCAGCCAGGCCAUUGGCCGUAUCAGUGUUCCGUUCUUCUUCGAGCCGGGAGAGAACUGUUUGGUGCGAUCUGUGGAUGGGGACGAGGGAUUCGUGCUCUACGGUGAGCACGUGCGUGCGAAGAUGAAGACUUGGGUUGAGUUCCAGGACGACAAUUAA